ACAACGCCCACGAAGCGCAUCAGCCGUUUGGAAACAACGAAACGGUCGGCCCAAGCGUUUUCUCUGGCAGGGUGCUUUGUGCUCUGUGCGACAGCCCGUACGUGCCGGACGAGCAGCAGCAGUUCGACAUGCUUGCAUGCAUCGCAUCUGUGUCGACCAUGCACCGUCUAUUUUUUCCACACUCCAACCCAGCUGGUCGGCCUAGGACGAGAUCGGCUACGCUCUUGACUGUGCGGACAAUUGGCGACGACACCGGGUCCACCGCCCGCCGCCUGCGCUUCUCCACCAGGUUAGCCGGCACAAUCUGGCGGAGGCGCCAUUGGCAAAUCACACACGCCGGUCAUCCUGCAACACCAAAGCAUGUGGCGCUCUGAUGCACGAUUCCCCAAAUACCACCGACUGUCCUCCUUCGACAUCCUCGGAGCCCAAAACCCUAAGCUCUCUGCGACGAUAGCGCGUCUUCCCAUCAAGUGCAAGGGAAAGCCUGGCUCACGGCAUGCAGCUGACUUCCUCCUUGUAGCAACGAGGGCACGGCGGCCGUCUUCAUGAAAGCCGAUGCAGAUUCGUCCGUGCUCGGCUGAUGUGCCUUUGUGAUGGGGGGGAGAAAGAGGAUCUCGCCAGCCUUCAGCCGCCACUCAUAUACGCACGGUUGCCGGCGCUGUACCUUCCCCCAGACGCCGACAGAUUCUCUUCUCUUCUUCCUCCUUUGCGUUUGCUGCAUCUCUUGUCUUGGUUUCAGAGAUCUCGCUGUGCACGAUCGUUGGUGUGCGGCUUGUCUUUCGUUUCUCAAUCGCGUCCAGAGCAUAAUACUCUUUGUGCAGCUUAGCCUCAUCUAUCGCUUCCUCCCGUCGUUGUAAUCUCCAGAUCAUCUUUGCCGACCUUCAAUAUGCGCUUCACAUUCGCUGCCGCAGCUCUCCUUGCCACUCUCGUGAGCGCCCAAACUAUCGACCCCAACUCGGUGCCACUUGCUACGAGGGACCAGUGGUGCGUCAGCCAGCAGGCCUCUUGCCCUGAGCUGUGUGCCCAGCAGUCCCCUACUGGCAGCUUGUCCACCGCGUCAAACACCUGCGACCCUAAGACGCUCGACUACUCAUGCGUGUGCGCCAGCGGCCUGGCACCGAACGCCAGCGAGUACUCGCAAACGAUCCCGUACUUCAUCUGCACCGAGUACAACAAUCAGUGUGUCUCUGCUUGCGGCCAAGACAAUGCUUGUGCCAGUGCCUGCCGACAAGAUCACCCGUGCGGUGCUAAGGAUCCCACUCGUGUCAAUGUAACGUCCACCUCAGCUACCGCCAGUGCAACAAGCUCCACAGCAUCCUCCACUGGCCUCGAUACGUUUGGUGGCUCAGGCAGCAACUCGCACUCCAGCUCUGCCGUGAAGAUAGCCGCCUACAACAUCGCCUCAACCUACGGUUUUGCUGCCGUAGUGGGUGGUCUUUUCGUUGGCUUUGGCCUCAUGCUCUAGUUCUUCGCGAAUCUUCUUCCAUGCCACCAAUUAUACCACACAUUCUUUUAUAGCAAGCGUGGCGCAGUUCGGCUCGACGGGUUUAUCCAUGCAUGUGUCUGUCUUUGUUUUCAGAAUACACUUUCGCGUGUAUGACUAUUAAGAAAAAAGGCAUCGCUGUCUUGAAAAUGUAUUUGAGAAUCUGAAGCUAGAUUUGGACAGCAGUCGGCAUUUGAAAAGGGAUCGCAUCGCCAGGCGAAAGAUUGAAAAGUAUACUUUCUGGCAGAUAAAUUACUUGCCUAAUGUAAUACCCAUUCCUGAAA